UUGUUUUGAUCCCCGGCAAAGAGGGGGUUGUUUUCCCUGCAGUAGUACACACACAGGCACACGCGGAGAAGCGCACGGCACGUGAAUAUUGGCCAGAGGACGAAAGAAAAGCGGUGGAAAACUGGUCCCUCACCAUCUCGUUCUCACGCCACGGAAACAAAGCAACGCAGAAACAAUAGUGAGAAGUGUGGUGGUGUUUACGCGGUCCGUGCAAUCGCCAAGUGUGCCAACAUAGCCGGCUUGGAAAAACCAGGACGACGACACCGCCGCACACACUCCUCGUGCUGUUGUGGGUAGCGCAAUAAUCAUCGUCGCCAUCAUCAUCAUCAUCACCGCUGUUCGGGUUUUUCGGGGAACGAAGCGCAUGCUGUCGGUGCCGCGGUGGUUGUGUUGUUGUUCUUCUUGCCAGUUUUUCGGCACCGCACACCGCAACGAGCAUGCAAAAGUGCACCUGCACUCGCGCUCGCGUGUCAAUCCAGUGCAAUCGAACCGUUCGACGCAUUUAGUAGUGCCGUCCCGCUUCGCCGUCACCCUGUCUGGGUCGUCCAAGUAGUUGGACCUUCUUGUCCCUUCUGUCCCUCACUACGUGCUCAUUUUCCUCACUUUCCUUUACUAAGUUGCCGUUUUCCUCCCAUCUCUCUUUCUCUCUGUCUCUCCCCACCCCCAUCGAACCGGUCACGAAAGUGUGCUGCAGUGGGACAUCUAAUUAUCUGAUACGACAAAAAAAGGGUCUCUCUCUCUCUCUUUGAAGUGAAAAAGGUGGCCAUAAAGCGACUGAUUUACCGCACCAUGAUAACGUUCCGGCUGUCGAGCAGUGUGUACGCGUACGUGGGCUACCUGCUGCUGAUGGUGUACUUCCUGUGGCCGGGCCGCUUCGCCAGCCUGUACGAAUACAUCGAGGGCGAAAACAUCUACGAUCAGCUGAUACGCAAGACGACGAAAAACAUCUCGCUGAUGCGUAACGGGUUGCGGUGCGACUACAGUGAAGUCAUCGAGGAGAACCUGUCCCUCUACCGGCCCCCCUACACCGAGGACAUCAUCAACAACAAUGUGCGGCUGGGCGGGGAGUACUAUCCGGAGGAUUGCCUUCCGAGCUUCAGCACGGCCAUCAUCGUACCGUACCGGCAGCGCGAACGGCAGCUCAACCAGUUCCUCAUCUACAUGCACAACUAUCUGCGGAGGCAGCGCAUUCACUACCGCAUCUUCGUCAUCGAGCAGUACGACCCGAAACCGUUCAAUCGGGCGAAGCUGUUCAACAUUGGCGCAAUGAUUGCGAUCGGAUUCGACUACCCGUGUCUGGUGCUGCACGACGUCGACCUGAUGCCGAUGAAUCUGGGCCAUCUGUACGCGUGCUCGCGCAAACCGCGCCACAUGUGCUCGAGCCUGGACGAGUUCCGGUACAAUCUGCCGUACCGGGGCCUGUUCGGCGGGGCGGUAGCGAUCGAGUCGAGCGUGUACCUCAACGUCAACGGCAUGUCGAACAUGUUCAGCGGCUGGGGCGGCGAGGAUGACGAUCUGUACGGGCGGCUGCAGAACAAGCAGAUCGAAAUCUGUCGCUUCAGCCCAACGUACAGCCAGUACUCGAUGCUGAAGCACCGGAAGGAAACGCCGAACAAGGACCGGGUAGCGUUUCUCCGGAACGGCAAGCAGCGCUACCACACGGACGGGUUGAACUCGCUCGUCUACAAGCAGGUCGGCUUCAAGCUGCACAACCUCUUCACGCACGUGCUGGUGGAAACUUAAGUUAGGGAAGGGAACAGUGAAGGUUAAGAGUUGGGAAGGAUUGUUUUUGGUGAGUCCUACUACUAUUGUACACGUAAUGGACAUUAGUUUCCCGUAGGUGUUCAGUUGCAUUCCCUAGCAGCGAUAGGACAAAUGCACGCACAAUGAUGUAUUAUUUAAUGUUUAGUGAUUUUAGCGAAGCUUUAUUAGUUGUUUCAAGGUUUUAAGCAGUCCGUUCGUUUGCUUUGCUACGUUUAAUCGCUUAUUAUGAUAGUGCAGGUCGAUGGAGAAGUAAGCAAAUAUUGCCUUAAUAACGACAAAGAAAAAGAACGACAUUAAGCAGCGCAUAAUGUUGGAUCGCAAACGUUUUACAAUUAAUUCACGCGCUACUAUUAGCUCCCACAGGAAGCAGGGGAGGAGGAGAUGAAACAAGCAAUACCAAAAAAAGGGGGAAGAAGAAAUGGAAGCUAACAUUAUUAAAUGCUCCUAAGCAAACAAGCGCAAUUACAAAACACGUGGUGUGUGUGUGUGGUUCGAUGAGCAAAUCGAAGAGCACGUGUUUGGUUGAGUUUUUCCAAAAUAGCAACACACACACAUACACACCGUUUAUGCUAGCAAAUUACGAGCGCGACUAGAGAUAGAGAACUUUUUUCCUAUUUAUUAAUACACCCCUUCCCAGUAGGGUAGCGCACUAGGGCGAGCUAGGGCGAAAGUUACUAGAAAUUAAACAAACAAACAAAAAAAAAAAACGAAAGAAAAAUCAAACAAAAAAUACAACCUUAAAAAUGCAUAGUUUGUAAGUAGGUACACAGUUUUACAAAUUCCAAUUGAAGAAGCAAAAGAGAACAAAAGCAAAACACCUUAAAAGAGCAUAUAGACUCUUACCCCCCAAUACACACACCAAACAAAAAGAAAAAGAACAUAAUGCGAAAAAAAGAGUAAAAGGUAAUGACCCUUCUCUUAUCUCCGUUUUUUUGCACUCAUUAGCAAAAGCACGACAAAAAGUGAAACAUACAACAACAAAUUUUGCUGCGUGAUAUGAACAGAACACAAAGGUCGGGGGGAAACAAACAUUCAAAGGUGCAAGAUUUUUAGGAUCGCAAUUAAGUUAUAACAAUUUCGAAAUUACCGUACUAAAAACUAAGCAGCGAGCAAAGUAGGGG